GCAUCGAUCGAAGAGAACCAAACUUGAGGAGAGAAAAGGAGAGAAAGAACAUGGACACGAGUUCAUCUCCUACUGCUUCUGCCAUUCUCAUCCCUGCUUCACCUGGAGAGGGUGCAGAAGAAAAGGAAAAUGACCCAAGCCUGACUCUUCUAAGCACCAGCCCUACGCCUCAAGGAGAGCUGGCCCUAGCUGGAGAGCUGGGAACGACGGACAAGCUUCUUUUCGUAGCAAAGGAGCACCCGUCAGACACUCUGAGGUCGAUGCAAGAACUAAGGGACGAUGAGAAGCUUUGCGAUGUCACACUUCUCGUGCAAGGAGUCGAGAUUAAGGCCCACAAGAUAGUCCUAGCUGCCAGCAGUCAUUAUUUCAGGUCAAUGUUUGCUGGAGACAUGAUCGAGAGUCGCAGCUCAAGUGUAGAACUAAAAGACGUCGAACCCGACGCCAUAUCGCUCCUAGUCGAGUACUCCUACACCUCACAGCUUGAAAUAACCUCCAACAACGUCCAGUCAGUAAUGGCCGCUGCAUCUAUCUUCGACUUUCCUUUUGUCCUCGAGGCGACGGCGAAAUUCCUUGCAACCCACCUCCAUCCUUCAAAUUGUCUUGGCAUGAGAGCAUUUGGCCGUACGUACGGGAGCGAAGCUCUUGUUAAUGCUGCCUCGCGUCACUUUAGAAAUCAUUUCACGGACGCUAUCAAGAGCGAGGAAUUUCUCCAACUUCCCCCGGAGGUUUUUUCAGAGUUAUUGGACAGCGACGAGGUGAAUGUGAGGACAGAGGAGGACAUAUUUAGGUCACUGGAACUAUGGUUGAACUACGAGCCUGAGUCACGUAAAGACAGCUUACCCAAAUUACUCAACCACAUCCGUCUUCCUUUGCUACCUCUAAAUUUCCUUAAAUAUCGAGUCGAGUCAAAUCCUUACAUCAAGAGGAGUCUUGAUUGUCGGGAUCUCAUCGAUGAAGCAAAAAACUACCAUCUCUUUCCCGAUGACUACUCACAGAUCAAGGGUACCCAGUUCCACCCACGGAAGUCAACAGUUGGUGUCCUUUUUGCUAUUGGUGGACGUGGUGCUGUAGGGGAGCCUUUCUGUAGUGUAGAGUGUUAUAAUUUCAGGACUAACCAGUGGUACGAAGGCCCCGAACUAAGGUCUAGGAGAAGACAUGUGGGCGUGGCUUGCUUAAAUGGCAAGCUUUAUGCCGUGGGAGGUCAUGACGGGAAUCAGCACCUAAACACUGUUGAAUGCUAUGACCCUAAAGUUGGUAGGUGGGAGUACGUACAACCAAUGAAGACGCUUAGACGUGGUAUAGCAGUUGGUGUGUUAGAAGGACCAAUGUAUGCAGUAGGUGGUCUGGACGACGCUGCUCUUAAUGGCUUUCUUUAUGCUGUUGGAGGAUUUGAUGAUGCUUCUCCAUUGGAGACUAUUGAGAGGUAUGAUCCAGUCACUAACACUUGGCAGUUUGUUCAGUCCAUGAAUGUUUGUCGCGGAGGCGUGGGACUCACAACUCUCGGCCAGUACCUCUGUGCUGUCGGGGGCCAUGACGGCAAAGUCUAUUUAAACUCCGCCGAAAUGUACGACCCAAAACGAGACAAAUGGGAGAUAAUCUCUUCGAUGAAUACCAGCCGAGCUGGAGCAGGUCUUGUUACAUUAGAUGCAUCUACUUUCUCUCUUCCUGGAUGCAUCUCCAUCCCAGAGUCUCUUUACUCCUUGUAAUCUUCUGUUGUUCCCAUUUCUUGUGAAUAAUUCUUUCUGUAUAGCAUGGACUUAAUCAUAUCGGAAUCACUCACACGCAUUCGUUUGCAUUAUUUUAUUAAAUUUUCCUCUUUAUUACCCUCUCCACUGUCCCUUUCUCUUCACUAUUUCUCCUUUUCUUACGACCUAAUUUUUUUGAAUUUUUUUCUCUCAGUUGUUUUAUGGCA